AUGGCCAUGGACAUGGGCGAGUCCUUGUCCGAUACAUCGUCAUCCUCAUCUGAACCCAGCUCCAAACUUCCACAUCUACAUAUCAACCAUGCUAUUGACAUCUCGCCAAAGACUCCACGUAGGAGUGUUGUGCAUUCUAGUCCAGACUAUGGAUGUGUGCGCAGUCUCAACCUCGAGAGCUCAUCAUUCACCAGCUUCCCAUUCAUGACUGGUCAAUCACUCCUGUCACUGAGAUCUCUGCUACUUGGUCACAAUCCAAAGAUUGAAAUUGAGAGUUGUCGACUCCAAUGGAGUGCAUUCCGACACCUCGAGUCCAUCAGUAUCGACCGCUGCCAUCUCCAAUCAAUACCAACAGGUCUCACCAACAUCAAGACCCUCACCGAACUUAACCUGAAUAGUAACAUGAUUAGGACGUUACCACCUGACAUUGAGAAGUGGACUAGAUUGAAGACGUUGCAGUUGUCUAAUAAUAUGUUGACAUGCUUGCCAACAUAUAUGGAUCAAUUGACAUGUCUAAGUACAUUGAUACUCAAUGGAAAUAGAUUGAUCAAUGUUGAUGUCACUGUCCGUAUUCCUACAUUGAUCGAGCUCAACCUCGACAACAACAUGUUGACACCACACAUGGUCAUCAUCAUCAGAGCUCAACAGCAUCCAUCUCCAAAUCAACAUCCGCCCACUCAAGGUGGUCACAUCGCCAAAUGUAUGCAUGUCUCCACCAUUGUCAUGCGUCUCACCUAG